ACACGGCUCGGUAAGGUCCGGCCACUGCCCUUUGCGACGUUAUAACCACCGCGCGGUCGGUCAGUGCGCGAGUCAGACCCGCCGACGGGCUUGUACGCGUUACUUCGCACAAUUGUUUUGACGGUGUGUCUCACGCGACGUUACUCGCGUGGACGAUCCUGAUCUCGGCCCUUCCUGGCCGGACCGUGUCACGAUCAUCCAUGAAUGAGCCACAGUCGGCGCUGAUCGACGUAUCGAUAACACGUCAUUUUUCCUCGUGACGCUGGGAGAUUACCCGAUUCGUCAGCCCGAUUAGUAAUACAGACGCGUUGGAAGCGUAAACGAUAUUGUGUCGCGUAGUAUACGCACGAUUUCUCAGCCACACCUGCGAGAGGGAGAGCCGCUCUCGUGUGUUGUCGUCGCUCUCGGCGCUCUCGGCAGCCGCCACGCGCGAACAUGGCCGCGCGCGGACAGCACGCGAUCGCGGAAAGCGUUGUCAUUUGCAGCCUGUGCUUGUUGAUUGCUCGCUCGACGUUCGCCCAACAGCCGAUCUCGGCAGGCAGUCGAUAUUACAACCGCGAUGGUGUGUACGUACCGCAGGAUGCAUACGGUUAUAAAACGAUUUUUUACAAGGACAGGAGGUACGGCUUGCUGGAUCCUCUUGACAGAGGACCCACAAGGGCACCCGAGGAUCGUUACCUGUACGAACACUCGACACCAAGGAUUCCAUUGCCAGGAAUAUUGGCUGGCUGGCGUAAAGAUCUUCAAGGGAAAGAAAGACCAGACUCUAAAACUUUCAGAGAUAGAGACGUAAUUGUGAAUACAAAUUAUGGACAAGUGCAAGGGUUUAAAGUCCAGUUGUAUGACAAUCCGUACUCAUUGCAUAGGCCAUGGAACCCGUCGGUAGAUAGAGUUACAAAAGAUGUCAUUGUAUUUUUGGGGAUCCCUUAUGCUCUCCCACCUGUAAAGGAAGGCCGCUUUAAACCUCCCAGACCUAAUAGAGGAUGGCAACUUAUACAAGCUAUAGAUUGGGGCCCAGCUUGUCCACAGCCAAGUGAAUAUACUGGCAAAACUAAAGGCGUAGAGAUCGUUGAUGAAGACUGUUUGUAUUUAAAUAUAUUUACACCCAGUACUGAUGCUGGGGUAGCAUCUAAAUAUGCAGUAAUGUUUUAUAUACAUGGUGGUGAAUUUACUUAUGGAGCUAGCAAUUUGUUUCCUGCUCACAUACUAGCUGCCUUCUAUAAUGUUGUGGUAGUAUCAAUAAAUUAUCGUCUUGGAGCUCUUGGAUUUCUAAGUACUGGAGAUGAAAAUAGCCCUGGCAAUUAUGGAAUCCUUGAUCAAGCCAUGGCACUGCGAUGGGUAUACGAUAACAUUGCAUUUUUUAAUGGAAAUCCUGAGUCUAUAACUCUUUUUGGUCCUGGUGCGGGAGCAGCUAGUGCAGGAUUGUUAAUGGUGGUACCUAGAACACGGGAGUUGGUGUCGAAAGUAAUAGCGCAGUCAGGCUCGGCUUUAGCCGAUUGGGCGGUGAUCAUGGACAAAUAUCGAGCACAAAACACAUCUCGGGUAUAUGCACAAAUGGUCGGUUGCAGUAUAGAGAGCAGCUGGAAAUUGGUACAAUGCCUCAAAGACGGACGUAAUCCCUUCGAAUUAAGCAACCCCAGAUUCCAGCCACACGUUGGAAUGUUCCCAUGGGCGCCUGUGUUAGAUAUCAAUUUUACGAUACCUCAAGACCAUUGGUACGACGGAUGGAGGGCGUCCGACUGGCGCUUCUUUGCCGAAACACCGGAGGAAAGUAUUAAAGCUGGAAGAUAUAGAAAAGAUUUGGCAUACAUGACUGGCGUUACGACUCAAGAAGCUGCAUACAUUAUAAGAAAUAAUGAAACCUUAAGAAAUAAUCGAUACGUGAUCGAUUCUGAAUUAUUUGACCAAAAGGUACGGGAACUAGUUCUUCAGUAUAACUACACCUUGAAUCCACAAGGCGUUUAUGAAGCGAUAAAGUAUAUGUAUACAUAUUGGCCGGAUCCUAUGAAUGUUACGCACAUACGUGAUCAGUAUAUAAAUCUCUUAUCGGAUUUCCACUAUGUUGCACCAAACGAUAAAAUGGUGAAACUAUUAGUGGAGAAGUAUGUACCAACGUAUCUGUACGUUCUAAAUACGUCGAUAGAAUCGUUCAAUUUGCCACAGUGGGCUAAGGUGCCUCACGAUACAGAACAUUUGUGGUUAACAGGGGCGCCCUUUAUGGAUCCUGAAUUCUUCCCGGAAAGAUUAAAGCUAAAUCGAGAUAUGUGGACUGAUAGCGAUCGUAAUAUGAGUCACUUCUUCAUGAAGGCGUACUCUAAUUUUGCAACAUAUGGGAACCCAACACCUUCGCAGAUAUUGGGAUUGCACUUUGACGUUACUCGAUAUGGGCAAUUACGAUAUCUCAAUAUCAAUACAACGCUCAAUAGUUCCAUUGAAAUUAAUUAUCGUCAAACAGAAAGCGCGUUCUGGUCCAUGUACUUGCCGACUGUUAUUGGUUAUCUUGUUCCCACGUAUCCUCCUGUUACUGAGUACUGGUGGGAACCUAAGCAGCCACUUCAAAUCGCAUUCUGGUCAAUGUCGACGGCAUGUUUGCUACUACUCGUGCUUUCUGUGGUAUGCUGCAUGCUUUGGCGUAACGCCAAAAGACAAUCUGAUCACUACUAUAGCGGGGACAUCCUGAUGGUACGAGACGAUGAACAUUCCGAGGGAAUCGAGAAUUUAACACGUGCAUCUAAAGAAAAUAUAUACGAAUAUCGCGACGUACCGAUAAAAACUAGAGUACCACGUCAAAACGAAGCCAAAUUACAAGAACGUUUAGCACAAAACAGAAAGUUCAGUUCUACGCCUUCGUUACGAAGUAAUUCCAACGUCUCAUUAAAAGAUAUGAGAUCGGAAGGCUUUGUUACGAGCUCGCCUAAUGGUCAGCCCAAACUGACAAAAGCAAUGAGUCAAUCUGCACUGCCGAAAGCUAAAAGUAGGACUUUGUUAGUGCAGGGAAUACCACAAACAGCAGUUUAAUACACAAGUUACCAGUAUUUUGAAAUCGACAUCAUUUUAUUUAUUUGUUAUAUCUAGGUUUUUAAAUAUUUUAUAAAAAGGGAAAGUCGCAUAAUUUUUUCUAUCAAAAUAACGCCAUAUAUGUUAAAUUAGAAUUAUAAUCAUAAUGGUAUAAAUAUAAUUAUAAUCAAAAGUUAUUAGCUAUAUUUGUAGGUAUAAUGUGACAAUAAUGUAAUUUGCAUUUAAGAUUAUGUUACUAAUUGAAUUUUAAAUCUUCAUAAUUCUUAUCAUAAAGUAAUAGCUUUUAUCAGUUAUGCGACUAACGACACCUAAGGUGGCUAUUUUAUAUCCGUCCAUAAGAAUAGACUAAUUGUUUAUAUAUAAAGAAAAAUAAUUUUAUAUAUUAUGUAAAUAUCACAUUUUAUAUUGCUAUCAUAACAGUUUUUGCAAAAUGUCAGUUAUAAAUUUUACGAGUAGCUUGUCAGAUGAGCAAAUAUAUAAUGGUAGCUACCAAUAAAGUAUGACUGCAAAAACUAAGUAGAAUUAGCAUUUAAAUGAGAUAUACAAAAGACACCGCUCAGUUAUAAACUUAUUAUUAAAUAAUAUCAACACACACACAUACAGAGAGAGAGAGGCUGUAUCGCUAGAACACAGCUUAAUACCCAAUUGGAUGCUAGUUUGACAUUCCUAUUGCGAUUUUAUUACGAUAUAAGCAAAUCUGCUGUUAAACUGCCAACUUUGCAUAUUUUUAUAUAUAUUGUUUAAUUAUUAAUUGCAUAAGCAGGUUUCGAGUGCAACAUAUCCUUGUUCAAUAUGUAAUUUAGUAUAUACUAAGUGCUUCGUUCAAUAUAUAAAUGGAAGUGCCUUAUCAUAUAAUACAAGUAUGCAAUACAAAAUAGAUUAAGUGCACAAAUUGAAUAUAUGUGUUAUAGUUAUAUGUAUUUUUAAUAUUUUUACACAUUGAAUAUAGCUUUAGUAUUAAUGAUCUCAUUUCCACUGAAGUUACGAUGUAAAUGUAAGUCUGACAUUCCUGAGAUUAAAUGUUACACAUUUACAAUAAUUUUGGACAAAUGCAUUUACAAAUUAUGUAAACAUUAUUUCUGUACUUAAUGGGAUAGAACAGUAAAUGAUUUGUUAUAAGCACUUUAAA